UUACAGGUGGUGAGGUACUGCUUUAGCAGUAAGCUCUCUUCCUGUUUGUUUGUUUUUCUAGGCUUUACUUCUCUGAAGACCCACGCCUCUACAGCUGCACAGCCUGUUACAGCAAGCACAGUGGUCUAUACAAGGCCUGCAAUAAGCAGCUUUUCUGCAGGUAAAGAGACCUCUAAACAAGCUUCAUCGUUUUGGCAGUCUGACACAUGCGACCCGUGCCUGCAAAACAAGGCCACGGAGAGCAAAUGUGGAACCUGUCAAGCUGCUAAAGUGUUGACAGCUGAGAGUACAAAACAGACAAUAAGCUCAAGCCCAAGCAGCACCUCUAAGUCAGCAGCCCCCGCAGCAGGGGCGCUGGGCUUUGGAGACAAAUUUAAAACAGCACCUGGAACAUGGGAUUGUGAUACGUGUCUAGUCCAGAACAAACCCGAAGCUACCAAAUGCAUAGCAUGUGAGACACCAAAGCCUGGCACGGGAGUAAUGCCUGCUCUGACACUGCCAGCGGUCACGGACAGCUCGGCGACAGUUACUUCCUCCUCCAGCGGCACGGAUGCAAUGGUCACCCCAGGGUUUGGAGACAAAUUUAAGAAGCCCAAAGGCUCCUGGGACUGUACGGUGUGCCUUGUGUCAAAUAAGGCAGAAGACAGCAAAUGCAUAGCCUGCCAGUCUGAGAAACCAGGGAGUUCAGUGCCUGUGACCAGUAGCAGCGUUUCUGCCUUUUCUGCUUCUUCUGGAGGAUUGCUGGAUUUAGACAAACUCAAGAAGCCUGAAGGAAGCUGGGAUCGUGAGGCCUGCUUGGUCCAAAACAAAGCAGAAGCCACAAAAUGUGUAGCCUGUGAAAAUGCAAAGCCAGGCACCAAAGCAGAGCUCAAAGGGUUCGGUACUGCUCCUGUGUCCUCAAAUGCUGCAAUGCCAUCAUUCACAUUCGGUGUUCAGUCAUCGUCCUCUGACUCUGUUCGUACAUUAAGUAGCCCGAGAAGUUUUACAUUUAGCGAACAAGGGGGCUUCAAGUUUGGUAUUGCAUUUGAAUCUGCAUCCUCCAACACUGGGACUGGGGGUUUUAAGUUUGCUAGCAGUUCAGGGGACUUCAAAUUUGGAGUUUCUUCCUCAGACUCCAAAUCAGAAGACAGUAAAAAAGAAGAGAAAAACAACAGUUUUACCUUUGGACUUCCAUCUACAAGUAGUCAGGCUCCUUCAGCAUUUCAGUUUGGGACAGGGAGCCUGGGGCAGCAGGAAAAGAAAGAGGAACCAGUCUUGGGAGGCUUCAGUUUUGGCACAAGUUCUACUGCUUCCAUAGCUCCCACUGAGAAUAAGACAGGAGUCAGUGGCUUCAGUUUUGGAACCACGGCAGAAAAGGAGGUUGCGUCAGCUUCUUUUGCAUUUAAGAAAUCUGAUGAGAAAAAGGAUGAAACUCCUUCCACAAAGGCAGGCUUCUCUUUCAGCAAUGUGGAGUCUGCACCUGCCUCACAGUUUGUUUUGGGAAGGACAGAAGAGAAACAGGACUCUGUCACCUCAGUUGCUCCAUUAGUGUUUGGAAAGAAAGCUGACAACGAAGAGCCAAAGGCACAGCCGAUCUUUUCAUUUGGGAAGUCUGAGCAUACCAAAGAAGAGAGCACAGCAAAAGCUACGUUCAAUUUUAGUUUCAUAAAACCAUCAGAGAAGGAAACUGAGCAGGCAAAGCCAGCUUUUGCAUUUGGGGCACAAACCAGUACUUCAGGUAAACAGGACAUCUUUUGUCUGCACUCGUCUGUGUAUGCAUCAAACAAUACCUCUGAAGCCACAGAUGUCAUAGAUGACAAAAUGGAUGUAUGGCAUUUGAUGCAUUAAUGCUUAGAGCUCUAGAAAAGGUUUUCCUCUCUGCCACGUGUCUGUCUGUAUGGUUGUUGCUGUGUAGACAAUUUGUAGCAAUUCCUUUCCAGGUGUCUGUGCAUUUUAACAUUAGGGUUAAACAAAAACUUCACCAGACCUCAAAGAACCUGCAUUACAUCUUGUGUGAGCGCAGACAUCAUUAUUGUCUCAACGGUAACAGCAUGGGGGGGGAUAAAAUCUUUAGCAUGGUGCAAUACAGAGGCCUUACUCUAGCAUUUUUUUCCAUAGGGAAAGGGGAUGAGAGAAAAGAGUAUUCCCAUGUAAUUGCAUCUAUGCUACAGGGCAUACUGCUGUAGCUCUACUGUUACAAAGAUAUAGAUAUUGCUUAAUAAAUUUAAUCAUGCAGUAUCGUAUUUUGUUAAUUUGUUGAAAGACUGCAGUGGAAAAUGCAAUUUCUUUAGUGACAAUCAUUGUGUGAGAAACUCUGGUUGUUAAAUUCCAUUUGUAUCGCCUAGCAACCAUCUUUUAUAAAACAGAGUUCCUCAUUAACUUCUGAAGGUAUCUCUCUGCAACUAGGCUUCAGUAUGUACCAAACUCCAGCUCUUUGAAAGUAAAAUGCAACCUACUUUAUGUCUCAAAUCAUCAACUCACGAACAGAUUAAAAUAUUAGCCAUAUUUGGAAUACACAUUCCUAUAGACCGCUUAUUAUAUUAAAACACAGCAUGCUGUUCUAUAAUAUGAGAGCCAGCA